AUGAAGUUCUUCAGUCUGGCUGGUCUUCUUUUGACCGCAGUCACUGCCUCGGCAGCGAACUCAAACUGCGCGCCCACAUCGUCCGAUGCGUCCGUUCUCGAGUUUGCCUGGGGUCUGUCUGACUUCAUCGGCGGAUACUACAACUCAACUGUCAACUCUACUUUCUCUUCCAACUCCAACGCCACCAUUGCCGCCUACAAGAAGGUCCUCUGGGGUGUCGAGAAAGAGAACACCCUCGGCAGCGAAGCCAUCGAGCUCCUCAGCAGGAAGGUUACCGAAUUCUCGGAACCUGAUUGCCAGUUCAACUACCCCAAGGUCAACACAACUCAGGCGUGGGCUUGGUAUGCCUACCACUUCGAGGCAACUGUUACCGGAGCUUUCAUCGGCCUUGCUGGAUACACCCAGUCACCCGAAGUGUCCUUCCUCAUGGCGCGUCUGGCUGCGUCGCACAGCGCUCACGCUACCCUGAUCGGAAACAAGGUCAACUCAACCCUGUUUGCGCAGAACGCCACUUCUCUUGUUGGAGCCUAUUCGCCUGCUCAGAUUCUCUCUACCCGCAACCAGACUGGCAGUCUGGGUCUUUACCUUGGAGAAUGCCUCACGGCCCCUAGCAGCCCCUGUGGCUCUUUGAGAAUCGGACCUUUGGCUGCGACACCGACUUCUUCUGUCGUUGCAGGUACCUCUUCGGCAUCCGGCUCCAGCAGCUCUGCUGCUGCUAAGAAGUACUACUGA